AAAACCUACAGCUGUGAUGAGUGUGGAAAGUCUUUUACCCUGGCUGGGAACUUGAAAAAACACCAACUCAUCCACAGUGGAGUUAAACCUUACAGCUGUGACUUGUGUGGAAAGUCUUUUACCCAGGCUGGACACUUGAAAAAACACCAACUCAUCCACAGUGGAGUUAAACCUUACAGCUGUGACUUGUGUGGAAAGUCUUUUACCGAGGCUGGAAGCUUGAAAAAACACCAACUCAUCCACAGUGGAUUUAAACCUUACAGCUGUGACUUGUGUGGAAAGUCUUUUACCCAGGCUGGACACUUGAAAAAACACCAACUCAUCCACAGUGGAUUUAAACCUUACAGUUGUGACUUGUGUGGAAAGUCUUUUACCGAGGCUGGACACUUGAAAAAACACCAACUCAUCCACAGUGGAGUUAAACCUUACAGCUGUGACUUGUGUGGAAAGUCUUUUACCCAGGCUGGACACUUGAAAAAACACCAACUCAUCCACAGUGGAUUUAAACCUUACAGUUGUGACUUGUGUGGAAAGUCUUUUACCGACGCUGGACACUUGAAAAAACACCAACUCAUCCACAGUGGAGUUAAACCUUACAGCUGUGACUUGUGUGGAAAGUCUUUUACCCAGGCUGGACACUUGAAAAAACACCAACUCAUCCACAGUGGAGUUAAACCUUACAGCUGUGACUUGUGUGGAAAGUCUUUUACCCAGGCUGGAACCUUAAAAAAACACCAACUCAUCCACAGUGGACUUAAAGCACACAACUGUGAGUUGUGUGGUAAGGCUUUUGCUCUAAAUAGCGACUUACACAGGCAUCUAGUUACCCACUCUGGAAUUAAGGCGUAG